CAUCCUCCAUGUCCUUAGACUGUGCCCGCUUGACCUUCCACUGAAACGCCCCCUCCGCGGGUUUCCACCGCGCAUGUUUGUGCGUCGCUCAUCAUGUGAUGUAACGGUUACACAUUGAUUUAAUUGUAAGUGUAGCAGCAUGCUCGAGUAAGUGGCCAUUUGCAUAUGGAUUAGGCUGUGCGUGUAUUUUACAUUUUUUUUAAUCUCGGUUUUAUUCGGAGGUGAAGCUGAUUCCAGCGCCGGAGCUGCCCGAAACUGACGGAUGCUGCUGCCUCGUGAACCGAUGAUGCUGAGCUAGAGCUGCUGAAAUCCUCUCUCUCUCUUUCUCUCUCACUCUCUCUUUCUCUCUCCUCUUCUCUCCCUCCUCGCUCCUCUCCUCCACACGCACAAAACGCUCUGUCAUGGCGUCUUCCAACCAUGUUACCCCCACCAACUGUAGCUGGUGGCCCAUCUCAGCCAUGGAUGAAGACGGUAAAAUCACAGACGGGGAGGAGUGCGAGGAACCGACGGCAGAGCUCAAACCCUUCAAUAAAGACAGGCUCGUUUUGUACCACUGGACGCAGUCUUUCACCUCCCAAAAGGUACGUCUAGUCAUUAAUGAGAAGGGUCUGGUCUGUGAGGAAAGGGAUGUGAGCAUGCCGCUGCAGGAGCACAAGGAGCCCUGGUUCAUGAGGCUGAACCUGGGGGAGGAGGUCCCCGUCUUCCUCCAUGGGGACACCAUCAUCAGCGACUACAACCAGAUUAUAGAUUACCUGGAGAAAAACUUUGUGGGAGACACGGUGGCGCAGCUGAUUCCUGAUGCAGAGUCGCCUCUCCAUGAGCGUGUGCAGCAGUACCGUCAGCUACUGGAUGGUCUGCCCAUGGACGCUUACACACACGGCUGCAUCCUUCAUCCAGAGCUUACGACUGACUCUAUGAUCCCAAAGUACGCCACCGCAGAAAUACGUAGACACCUGGCCAACGCUGCGACGGAGCUGAUGAAGUUGGACCAUGAGGAGCCUCAGCUGACAGAACCGUACCUGUCCAAACAGAAGAAGCUCAUGGCAAAAAUCUUGGACCACGAUAAUGUGAAUUACCUGAAGAAAAUUCUGGGGGAGUUAGCCAUGGUUCUGGAUCAAGUGGAGGCUGAACUGGAGAAAAGAAAACUAGAGUAUCAAGGUCAAAAGUGUGAGUUGUGGCUAUGUGGACCUGAAUUUACACUAGCUGAUGUCUGCCUCGGAGCCUUGUUGCACAGGCUCAAGUUCUUGGGACUUUCUAAGAAAUACUGGGAGGACGGCAGCCGACCCAACCUGCAGUCCUUUUUUGUGCGUGUCCAAAAACGCUACGCUUUCCGCAAGGUCUUGGGCGACAUCCACACGACCCUUCUGUCUGCCGUCCUACCCAACGCUUUCCGGAUGGUAAAAAAGAAGCCACCGUCCUUCUUCGGGGCCUCUUUUCUCAUGGGCUCACUUGGAGGGAUGGGCUACUUUGCCUACUGGUAUUUAAAAAAGAAAUAUAUGUAGUGAAUGCCCUCUUGUUGUGUUAAAUGUCUGUGUAUUUGUGUGAUGUUUCAACUUUUCUGUAAUGUUUUAUGACUGCAGGAAAACAUAAUGAAUCUAUAUAGAGAACACUAUUACUUACCUGGGUGAACAAAGAAUAUUAAAACAUUCCAUAAUAAGAAAUCUUGACAGCACAUUUUCUGGUAAUCAAGGCCUUCAUUGAGUUUAAUUUCUGGCAACUUGCAGCUCUUGUGCUGGUAAGUCCUUGUUUAUCUUUUGUUGGAGCCAUGCAUCGGGUCCACUUGUACUGAAAACCUAAAGUAGAAACCCAGAUAAAAUGUUCAACACAGUAACACCAACAGGGGUUAACUGACCUUCGCAUGCCACAAUUAUAUUCAUUACUCAUACCUGCUCUUUACUCCUCCAUCAGCCUGAGGUUUAAACGGUAAACCCACAGGAAAAUGUACAUGACAAAUACUUUCUGAUAAUUGCUGUGCUGCCAGAAACUGCCACAUGAAAUGAUGAAAGGAUGGAGGCAAACUGUAAUGGAAUAGUUAAGGCCUUUUGGGAAAUACGCUUAUUCACGUCCUUGCCAAGACCACUCUCAUGUCUGUAUGUUAAAAGUUAAGCUACAACCAGCAGACAGUUAGCUUAGCUUAGCUUAAAGACUGGAAGCUUGGGGAAACAGCUAGAUAGCUCUGUCCAAAGGUAACAAAAUCUACGUCAGAACACAAACCCUUAUCCUUACUGCUAGCAUUCAGUUAGCUUAGCAUGAAGAUGGAAAACAAGGGGAAGCAAGCCCCAGUAUUCAAUUAUGCUUAAAGACUCUUUCAACCAUCUGGAUAAAAACAUCUGUUGCAUGAGCAUUUCUUUAAACCCAUUUCACAAGUUGUAACUGUAUUUUUUAAUCCAGAGAGGCAGAUUUUACAUAUGUACAUGCUCUGUUUGAAUGAUAUAAAUGCAUUAGGCUAUUUUGUAUUAAAAUAUCAAAUAUAUCAGUUACAUUUAACGAUGUAACUGAUAUUUUUAAAAAGAAAAGGUUCAUAUUGUACAAAUUGCGCAAGGAGAUUCGAUCUUUGUUUGGAUGAAGAAACAGAGGUGCAAAAUGUUAAAUUUUUAAUGCAGCAAACAUAAAAUCUUCUUUACCCAGAUGGUUAGAAGAGUCUUUGAGGAUUAUGGAAAUAUUGAUAAAUGUUUCCAUCUUUGUUUUUCAGGAAAAGCAGAUGCUUAGCGCUGUAAUGCUAAUGCUGUAAUGGUGAUACAUGACAGACACAAAUUGGGGCUAGCUGUUGCCCCCUUACUAGUCUUUAUGCUAAGCUAAACUAACAAGCUACAGUAGAAUAAUAUUUAACAAAUAAGAUAUGAGAGGUAUCAAUCUUCUCAUUUGACACUCCGAAAGAAUGUGAACAUGUGCAUUUCCCAAAAUGUCAAACUAUUCCUUUAACUAACUGUACACCCUACACACAACAAAACACAGAGACACACGUGCACUCAGAGUGAGUUUAUUUAGAGCACCACAGAUCACACAACACACACACUGGUCCACUGUCACUCUCUUUUGUCGCUGGGCAGGAGCUCAGACGUUACAAAUCUUGGGUGUUUGAAAAAUUACACUUGGCUGAACUCGUGGUAAAAUUGUAAAUUCUGCAUCUAUGACACAAUAGUGUUGCGUUAGGUUUUAGAAUGUACAUUUCAUUGCAUGGGUACUUUCUUAUUGUGUAAGCAUUUUGUGACGAUACUGACACUGAGGGUUGCGUGUCGCCCAGAAGCAGAAUUUAUAAUCACUACAAAACAUCAAACACCACAUUUUUCUAAAUGUUCUGUUGCUAAUUGUAACCUUUGAAGCACCUGCACUGUACAGUGUGUUGGAGAUGGUCCCUCAGCAAUACUGAGCAAGAAAAAUCACUGGAUUUUUACAGCGGCUUGUUUGUCGCCAACUCCUCCUGACAGAUGCAAGAUUGUUUUUACAGAUAGAUAUUUUUAAUUAUACAUCGUCUCAUUUAUUUUACCGUGCUGAAUUUUCAAUGAGCCUAAAGGUUAAAUAAUGGGAACAGGGGAGGAGAAGCUGGCUCAUCUGAAGGCUUAUAGGAAUAUGACAAGCAAAAAGAAAAAGCCUUUCCCUCCCGGCGAGCCUUGCCAGCUGUCUCGUUUGUUGAUGCAGUGUACUUUUCUCGCUCCGCACUCGCCCUUCAUGGGAGCCUUUCUGCUUUUUCUUUGUCAGACCUCCAGGGUUUAACGUUAUAAUUCUGCUCCUGAACCGUGUGCUUUUAAGUUUUAACUCAUUAUGUGAGAUACUGGAGUGGUGAGCUGCUUUUGGUUUUACGGCUGGUUAUACGGACAUUCUUGCAGUAAAGAUCACAGUACAGGAUAACUGUCAAGCCUUGGAUAAUGAAGAAAACGUAUGUGAGUUUUUCCAGUUAGGAUGCUCCCUGUUUUCUUCUGCUACAGGAACUCGUCUCUGCAGGUGGUGAUUGGCUGCACGGUGCAACCGUGGCAGAAAAUGCUGAACCAAAGACAAUAAUCAAUGCUCCUUUAAUAGCAGCAUCUCCUUGCUGUGUCACAUCUGAUAAUAAAUCUGACUUUCAUCCAGAAAGCAGAAGUGUAGAAGCUGUAGUUCAUUAAUUCCAGUUUCAUGUUUGAUAUUGACAGCGCGGUUUAGCUAUAUAGAUAUAACUGUUUGGAAUCAAUCAUUUAAUUCCUGGAAAGAAAUUUGAGAUAUGCAUUAAGGGGAAACAGGGAGGUUAUUUGUUUCAAACUGUUCUUGCAUGAGCCGCGGUGAUGUAAGUGGCACAGAAGAUUCAAAAAUAUAUAUGAACUUGUCCAAGUUUCGAAGCAAGCAAGAGGACACAAAGGUGUAAAGUACCAUCUCCUGUUGCAAUUUAUUUAUAAAACUUACUUAAUUGUUAUUCAUGUUGAUUUUUCAGUGCUUAAACAUUCACUUAUUGUGUUAAUUGACAAACAGCAGAUGACAAUGCGGUGGAGAAAAUGUCAAGAAACUUCAUGACCAGCCAAUCAUUGUGUAGGCUUGGUGCGUUUUGAUUACUGCGGGCACACCUGCUACUGCUCUGCUGCUUCUUCUGACUGAAAUCAUGCUACCUGACGGGUUGGAUCUGUACUUCUUGGAACACACAGUUCAAGUCGAGGAAAUCCUAGUUGUGAUUUGUGGCCAUUAUAUUUCACUAUAGUAUUUUUUUAUUUUUUACUUUUUAUUUUUUAUAUUUCUAUAUAUGCAUUUAUUUAUGGUGCUUUUUAUGAUGUUUGUUCAUAAGCCUUAAUUUAUUCAGUUGCCAUCAAAGACAAAUAAA